AUGGACCCGAGCACAACCAAUCCGCUCACAAUCGCCGGACUGACGGCGACGGCGGUGCUCUCGCUGCUGCUCGCGGCGCUCCUCGCCUCGCUGCGGUGGGGCGGCACGUACAGCGCGCUGCGUCUCGCCAGCGAGGCCGCCUUCCUCGAGGAGCACGACCGUCGCAUCGACGCCGUCGUGGCUCACGACGUGGCUCGGCGGUACAAGCUCGGCCGGCGCGUGGGAAGCGGCGCGACGUCGGACGUGUUUCGAGUGACGGAGCGCGUGACGGGCGAGGCGUUCGCGCUCAAGCGGAUCGGCGUGCGCGGCGAGCCAUCGCUCCUCCGCGCCGUCGAGCACGAGGUUGCGCUUCUGCGGCGGGUGCGGCACAGGCACGUGGUUGGGCUGCACGAGUCGUUCGCCUCGCCGACGCGGGUGUGGGCCGUCCUCGAGAUGGUGUCCGGGGGCGACCUCUCGUCGCACGUCUCGCGCGCAAAGGGCUGGACGGAGGGCGAGGCGGGCCGUUGCUUGCACCAGGUCCUGUCCGGCCUCGCCUACCUGCACGCCAACGGGAUCGCUCACCGAGACAUCAAGCUGCCAAACCUGCUCCUCUCCUCCCGCUCGGCCGAGUUCGUGGUCAAGAUCACCGACCUGGGCGCCGCAACCGCGGCCAAGACGCCAUAUGCGUGGAACGAGCUCAGCGACGCCGCAGUCCGCUUCCUCCAGGCGCUGCUCUGCACGCAGCCGCGCCGCCGCGCCUCCGCCUGGGAGGCGCUCGCCCACCCCUUCCUCCACUCGCGGUUGCGCACGGCCGACUCGGGGCCGCUGCCAGCCGAGGGCAAGCAGCCGCCGGACGCGCGCGGCUCGUCUCCGCUCGCCCUUGCCCAGCAGGCUCGCCGCCGCCGCACCGACGCGAUCGCCAAGGAGCACGGCGGCGCCGCGGCCGAACCCGGCGACGGCGGCGCCGCGCGUCCGCCCCCUCCGACGGCGGACGACGAGCUCGCAGAGGGCUCCGCCGUCUCGACCGCGAUCUUCGACGUUGACCCGCGCGUCUGCUUGGACAUGGCCGGCGAGGAGGAGUGCGCCGCCGUGGCCUCCACCACGCUGUCCGCCGUGGAGGAGGUCUCCUCCCGCCUCACCGGCAGCGAGCCGUCCCCGAGGACUCCCGCGACACCCGCGAGUGCCGGAGGGCGCGGUGGAGGGGCGGGCGCGCGCCGCCCGGCAGGCCGGCACAGCGGAGGUUCGGCGGGCGGAGGUCGGUUCCCUGCGGCGGCGCGGCGGAGCGAGGGGUCUGCGGACCCGUCUCCGCUCUUGCCGCGCGAGUCGCGCGGGAGCGAGGCGUCGGACGUGGAGUCUCAAGUCGUCGGACUAGGCAGGGGGGCGGUGGAAGCGCCGCUGCCCGUGAGCCCGAGGAGAAGCUCCUCCAGCCCGACGACGCCCCGCCUCAUGGUGUGACGAGCUGGGUAUGACGCCAGGCCUCUGCCUCAGCCUCGCCGUCCGGGCUACUCGUCUUCGUCACAGGGGCAGCAUUCUGGCGGUGCCCCCCUCGAGCCCUCCGUCGCUGCGGGCGGCAGCACUAGCUCGCGGGCGGAGGCAAUCGAGGUGCCGCUCGAUUCGCUCGCGCGCCUCUGGGCCGUCUCCUCCCCGGAGCCCGAGGUGUGCCGGAGGGAGAGGCACAGUGGGCGACCACAGGGUGUCUUUGGGCGGUGCUCUCAGCGGCCUCUCGAAGAGCUGAAUCAGGGCACGCCCCCACAACUCUGGGGGCGCAGCGUCCGCCAAGGCUGAGCAAGAGGCCGAGCAAGAGGCGGAGGCCGAGGAGGCGCCGGCCAACGCAGGUUACAAAACCACCUCUUUCCGAGGCUGGCAGGUGCGCACUAGCACGCAAGCACGGUUGCGAUGUUGUCCAUAUUGUGACUGUGGCAACCCGUAGAGUCGGGGCAACAGAAUGUUACACCUGGUGCUGGACGCCGGAUCGCUGCGCGUGGGGCCGUCGCGUGAGUGCCGUACCCCCGUGCCCUCUGGCUGCCGAGCGUGCAACCGUCCAACGGCAACGCAUCGCCAACGGUACGCGCGUCAGACGUCAAGGCUUAAACUAAGGUUUAACAC